GUGUGUUUUUCACUGAAAAAAUAAUCAAUUUUGGAGAAACGUUAGCGUCUUCGGCGACUGAUGGUUAAAAACUGCCCUAUCACAAUGUAGCAACUGGCCCAUGGAAUCCGGUUAUUUAAAAAUAACUUCUCCAAAAAUCAGGAAACCAGCCAGCGAAAAAGGACGGAAAGUAUUUGGUCGCACUCGAAAUACCCUUGAAUGGCGGACCGGUGCCUUGCAGCGCCUACUCCAGACCCUGCACACUGUUUUGCCGUUAGUCUAAGUGUGUGUGGUGGUGCAUUAACCUACCCCUACCAACUCUGUACAACCCAAGAAAGUGGGGAGAGUUUGAAGAAAGGGUGAUGAGGUGGGUGAGGCAUGUUGCUCUGGGCAACCUGGGUGGAAUGCGGUGGGCCCGCGCGCGAGAGAGAGAAAGACCAGUGCGUUCGCGCGAGACUACUGCGAGACUUGGCCGGCACAGUGCCUCCAUUCUUCGUUCGGUUCCGGUCAGUGGCGGUCACGUCGUCGUCGUCGGGUGUCGUGUAGCUCUCUGUGGUAUCGUUCGGUGUCGCUUGAUCGUGGCAAGCUUAUUUCCAUAGCAUUCCUGUUGCCAGCGCUGUGAUUCUGAUUUCCGUUUGUACAGAGCCAGCAUACAUUAGUGCACAUCGAAAUGGCGUCGAAAAUCAAGGCCGGACCCGUGGUGGACAUCCUGGGCGAUGAGAUGACGCGCAUCAUCUGGGACUCGAUCAAGGAGAAGCUGAUCCUCCCGUUCCUGGACAUUGAGCUGCACACGUACGAUCUCGGCAUCGAGCAUCGCGACGCGACGAACGAUCAGGUCACGAUCGACUGUGCGGAAGCGGUGAAGCGGUACAACGUCGGCAUCAAGUGUGCCACCAUCACGCCGGACGAGGCGCGCGUCGAGGAGUUCAAGCUGAAGCAGAUGUGGCGCUCGCCGAACGGCACGAUCCGCAACAUCCUGGGCGGUACGGUGUUCCGCGAGGCGAUCAUCUGCAAGAACGUGCCGCGGCUGGUGCCCGGCUGGGAGAAGCCGAUCAUUAUCGGGCGCCACGCGCACGGCGACCAGUACAAGGCGACCGACUUUGUGGUGCCGGUGCCGGGCAAGCUGGAGAUGAAGUUCACGCCGGCCGACGGUAGCGAACCGACCACGUACGUGGUGAACGAGUACAAGAGUGCCGGUGUCGCGAUGGGCAUGUACAAUCUGGACGAUUCGAUCCGCGACUUUGCGCACUCGUCGUUCAAGGUGGCACUGGACCGGAAGUUCCCGCUGUACCUCAGCACCAAGAACACGAUCCUGAAGAAGUACGACGGCCGGUUCAAGGACAUCUUCCAGGAGAUUUACGACAAAGACUACAAGAAGCAGUUCGAGGCGCUCGGCAUCUGGUACGAGCACCGGCUGAUCGACGACAUGGUCGCGUACUGCAUGAAGGCGGAGGGCGGGUUCGUGUGGGCGUGCAAGAACUACGACGGGGACGUGCAGUCGGACACGGUGGCGCAGGGUUUCGGGUCACUCGGUCUGAUGACCUCGGUGCUGGUGUGCCCGGACGGGCGCACGGUCGAGUCGGAGGCGGCCCACGGUACCGUGACGCGGCACUACCGCCAGCACCAGCAGGGCAAAGAAACGUCCACCAAUCCGAUCGCGUCGAUCUUCGCGUGGACCCGCGGGCUGCUGCACCGGGCCAAGCUGGACGAUAAUGCCGAGCUGAAGCGGUUCGCCGAAACGCUCGAGAAGGUGUGCAUCGACACGAUCGAGUCGGGCUUCAUGACCAAAGAUUUGGCCAUCUGCAUCAAGGGUAUGGCGAACGUGAAGCGCACCGACUACAUGGAGACGUUCGAGUUCAUGAACAAGCUGGGCGAAAAUCUGCAGGCCGCGUUGACGCAGAGCCGGCUUUAAAGGGAGGGAAGUGUGCAACCUUUUUUAUAUGUCCUGGUUGGGUGGGAGGCAGUGUGUGGACAAAAGCCCUCGCCACUAGCCCUUACUUAGCAUUUACCUUUUCAACACACACACAACAAAGCGCAGCGUUUUUUGGUGCAUUCAUUCACAUCCUGUCGUCUUAUUAAUUUGUAUUCGUGGUUAAGCAUUGGAGAGGUGAUUUUCACUGGUAUAAGCGAUAAAUAAACCAUUUUUGGGGCAUUUAUAAGAAACGUA